ACACUGUGCGCGCUGCGUGGUGCGCGUUGUCGCGGCGAUCAGCUGUGCGCACCUAACCUUCUUAACUUCUUCUCACUCGGCGCGCUGCGCUCUCGAGCGACGGUACGAUAUAUGAUAGUAUGCGUUUCAUUUUGUGUAUCCAAUGUGUUAACUACACGGCGCUAGCGCCACCCGAUAGAGAGCGGCCAGAAUUGCGAUUCGAUUUCGUGAAGUAAGCCGCGGGCCGCGACGCGAGCCGCGACAGCGACAGCGAAGAGCGGUGUAGAGCGGUGUGCGGCGUCAGUGCGUGUGUUAUUUCGCGCUGAGAAAUGGAAGUUGACGAGACGCGUUCGUCCUCCGAUACGAUAAGAGUGAGCACGUUGCCGAUAUUGCAUGUAAUCGCGUGCGAACCUCUUGCUGUGACAGCUGUCCGCGUACUUAUUUUUUGAAGCUCUUGUUAUGACAAAGAAAGUAUCACCGGGCACGAUCGGUCGUCGACCAGCCGCGUAUCCGGCUAAAAGAUUGUUGUCAUCAUAACCGUCGUCUUGAUCGUUGCCUUUGUAAGUACCGUGCGCGUCGCGUGUCAAAGUGUUUAGUUGCUCUGUUCUCUUGUGAGAAGGAGUUGUCGGCGAGGAAUUGGUACGAGAAUUCAAAGGUCAUCGAGGAAAUAGUGAUUGCGAGAAUGUGGUGUCUCGUCAGUCAAGCCAAUUCCGUCAUCCUCGAGGUGCAGGUCGACCCAAAAGCCAUCGGUCAAGAGUGCCUCGAAAAGGCUUGCGACUGCCUGGGAAUCAGCAAAGAGUGUGAUUACUUUGGGUUGAAGUAUCAGAAUGCGAAAGGCGAGGAGCUCUGGUUAAACCUGAGGAACCCUAUAGAACGGCAGACUGGUGGUGGUGGCGUGGCACCUCUAAGAUUCGCCCUGAGGGUUAAGUUUUGGGUGCCGCCUCACCUGUUGCUACAGGAAGCAACCAGGCAUCAGUUCUACUUGCAUUCCCGCCUCGAGCUGAUCGAUGGUAAAUUAAAGGUAUCAGAUUGGAGUUCCGUGGCCCGUCUAGUAGCGCUGAUCGCGCAAGCCGAUGGUGGUGAUUAUGAUGCGCUAUCACCGCCGCAUGCACUUUACUCUCAAUGCUGUCAUAUACAACCCGCGGAACCAUGUGAGCCAAAACCUCAAGAUUUUUUACUUCGAAUAGUUCAGCAACACAAAGAAAUCAAGGGAAUGAAAACUUCGACUGCUGAAUAUUGGCUUUUGAAGGAAAUAUCAAAUCUUGACAUGUUUGGACAGGAAAUGUUUCAUAGUAAAUUUGGAUACAACGGAGUUUCUAUGAUCGGCGUUGGUCCACAUGGCAUUACGGUUUAUCGCAAUCAGGACGAAGAAACGCAAAACAUACCGUACACAGCUAUACAAAGUGCUACGUCACAACGUCGAAUGUUUCAUUUGGUUUACCUUUCGCUUGAUGGAGAAGAGACAUCGCUGGACUUUAAAUUAGACUCAAGCCAAUCCGCCAGUGGACUUUAUAGAGCGAUUACCGAGAAACACGCGUUUUACAGCUGCGAAACAGUUAGAAGCGCAGUCACCGCGCAAUUUAUCCGUGAUUUAAAGGGGACAAUAAUUUCCAUUUUUAAUGAAGAUUCGACUUUGGGCAAGAAGUACGUAUUCGAUAUACGCAGGACUUGUCGGGAGGUUUAUGACAAUGCACGGCGUGCGCUUUAUUGCGAGGCCGCGACCAUAUCUUUGCCGGAGGAGAAUGAGAUUCUCGAGAAUCACGCCUGCGGCGAAUGCGAAAAUCCCAAGUGCAAGGAAUCUCGGGAAUGUUUAGCAAGAUUACUAGAUGCUAUGCUGUGCCGGAUCUGCAUGGAUCGAAGCCUAGACACCGCCUUGUUUCCCUGCGGACACGCUGUGGCUUGUUUGGAUUGCGCCCGUCGCUGCGAGCGUUGCCCAUUAUGCCGGGCCGAUAUUGACUAUUGCCGAACAAUAUACCUCCCGAUCGAGUUGACGCACAUCGAUAAACACAAUCCGAAGUUAUUGUCGGAGACGAUCGAGCCUGUAUUCGGCAAGCCGGAGGAGAUAAAAGAACGAAUUUUAGAUAGCGAAGCGUCGAUGAACAAUAACAUUUGAGAGUGUCGAGUCAAACGUCGAUUCAGCUCGUUUGAAAAAUUCUUCAGGAUUGUUACUUGCCGCGCAGGGAGGGUGCAUUAAUUAAGAUAUAUGCGAGAGUGAAGCACUUUUCUAUUUAUUCAUCAAGUAACUUUCAACGUUAGUGUUUCAUCGAUUUCGGGAAUUCGAUUAUAAAAAUCUUUAUUUUGCGCGACUGCUUCAGAUACGAGUAUAUGCAAUUUUAUCGUUAUAUAUUUGACAUUAUUCGUUAUGCUUCUCUCUUAUUUAAAUUUUUCAUUUAUCCAUUUAAUUUAUAGGAAAUAACUAUAAUUAUUUUAUUUUUAUUUAUUUUUUUGAAGACGAUUUUAUCAUUAUCAGCAAAAUAAUUAAAUGCUUUUAAUCUUACAUUAUCGACAUCAUUAUUCUUUAUUUUCAAAUUAUUACGAGAAUUUCUUUCACAUACCUUAAUUUUAGAUCAUCCUUUCGAUAAAAAUUCUUAAGGAAAAUUCUCUUUUUUGGUUCUCUAGCCAAAGAAAUAUGUAGGUUUUUAAGCUGAGAAGAGUCUGAAAAUACUGCACUUGAGAAAUGAUAGUACUGUGAUUGAAGAUGACAUUAUUGGAAAGACACAAGGGAUGCAAGGAUAUCGUAGAUAGGUCUAAUGAAAGAAUCAUGGGAUUAUCAUAUAUCAUUGUCUAGAUAUUUGUGAUGAUGUUGAAAACAGUCCCUUCAUUUGAGCGACCGAAAAGUGCUAUUAGCAGCAUGGAUCUACAAGACAUAAUGCUGCCAAUGAGUAUCAAGAAAUAUGUGAUCUAUAUUAUACAAGAUCCAAAAGCACUUUGUAUGAAUUUUUAUUUUUAACAGAUGAUCGGACCAAUACUUUCCUCUUGUUAUUUCAUGAUCAAUGCUUUGUUCCUCUUAGAUAAAUAUAGUUUUAUUUGGUCGUAUGUUUACCUCUGAUCUAGAUAAUACUCGCAGGUUGCUUGGGUCAAAAUUUUUAUCGAAAUCAAUGACCCAGUAUAUUUUUUACUACAAUAUUCGUUACUAAUUACGCUUAUGCGAUAUCGUUUACACAAAACAACUGCUACAAUAAAAUCUUUUUUUGUUUUGAUAAAGUAAAAUUGGAAUCAUAUGAAUAUAUAUAUAUAUAUAUAUAUAUAUAUAAUUACGAUAUUUACGCGUGUAACUUAUAACGGAUUUAGAAUGUUUAUCACCUUAAUGUAGAUUGUAACGAUAAAGAUAACACGAUACGGACGUUACAUAUAGAUAUGUAUUGUGGAUCUAUUUUUAUCAUAGCGGAACAAGUAGAAACUAAAACACUAACUUAAUCAUUGCAGAAUUAUUAUAUAUUAUACCUUAAAGCAAAUUUUCUGCGAAUAGUAUCCUACUUUUUUUAAUUGAAGCAUUUUAUGUAAAGAGGAAACUUUAUUACCAUAAUAUCUGUUUAUAUAUGUACAUAAGAGUCGAGAUAACCCACAGCAAUAGGGUCAAGUAAGUAAAAGUCAUAAGUUCACCAAAUGUCAAAUCUGAUUUAACAUACUAUGUGCGAAUGUCAGUAAGUCAUAAUAAAAAUAAAACGACUUAAUUGUCUGUGCUUUGUUAAAAGAUAAAUCACAAAGUCAACAGCAUUUUAUAUCUAGGAAAAAAAAAAAUAUAUAUAUAUAUAUAUAUAUAUAUAUAUAUAUUCGAUAAAUAUAUAUUCGAAAUACAGACUACUUCUGCACAAAAAUAGCUCGCCUCUUCGUUUAAGUUGUAUAAAACUGGCUAAAUUUCAAGAUAUUGAAUUUUCUUAUUCUCGCUAACUGAAAAUUUAAUUUUAGCAAUAUGGUCUCUGACAAAUUAUUUAUAACAUUUACCAAUAGCAUUCUAUAAACAUUGUAUGUGUGAGAAAAAUGUAGAAUGAACGAAAGAAUGAGAGAGGAAGAAAGAGAGAGAAAGAAAAUAAUACAAAAAAUGAGAAAAUAAUGAGAAAAAAUCAUUAUAGUCAUUUAUCAAUGCAAAGCAAACUUAGUUUGUAAUUAUUUAUAAGAAGAGAUAAUAGAGUGUAUUUAUAUGCUGCUAUGUUCAAUGCUUUUCAAGAGAGACUCUUCUUGAAUUACAGUGUAGUCUCGUUUUGCUCACGAAUAUAUAUAUAUGCCGGUUUAGUAUUUCUUAUUAUAAAAAAUUUUGUAACAUCUCUAGACAUAGUACAUUAAUAUGACAGCGAAACUACACUGUAUCUGCAAGAUUAGAGUUGCUUGGAGUGAAUUAUUUUAUUUUAUAUUUUUUUUUUAGAUAUUAACACGUGCAUAAAAUCGAAGUCUAAACCAUGUAUUUAAUGCAAUUCAAUGCAAUCUUGUAAUAGGCUACUAUUGUCACACAGACAAGAUAAAAUAUCUCUGUUGUAAAAUUGUGAGCCUAUUGUUACGAUAAUCGUUGUGAAAACGAGCAUAAUUAUAAUUAUAUUCUUUGAAAAAUAGUGGUUAGCAAUUGCGAAUAUGAAAAAUAAAUUAACUUUUAAUACCACUAUUGUGUGUUGAUAAGUGUAAGAUUACUAAUAAUGACAACAACAAUAACAUUAUUAUGCAUUAUGAAUAAUAAUUUCUUGUGAUUUUAAAUCUCUGUAUAAAAUAUAUAAGGAAAAAAAAUUUUAAAUAUUGUAGCUAAUAGAUCUAUAUGAUAGAGACAAAAGUGAUCCGAAAGAGAAAGAAAGAGAGAGAGAGAGAGAAAAAAGAGAGUAUUUCUAAAAGUUAUCAUUUGCAAAGAGUAUUUUUAAAGUAUUUCCAAUUAUUUUUUAGUAUUAUAUCAGAAAUCCACCCAGUGGAGAAAAUGGAAAUGUGCGCGCGUACAUAUGAAAAUAUCACAACUUAUGAGACAUAAAUUUUAGCAUUCAAUACGAUGUUCCAACUUGUUGAUUAAAUACUGUGAAACAUCGAA